CCGGAAGCUAACACAGUAUUGAUGAAAUGCGCAUGCGUUAAAAAUAAUAUUUAGAGAAGAUCUUGACAAAAGCCGCCAUUAUUAACACAAGACGGGCUGUUGUUCAAAUUGGUUAAAGAUACAGAAAGGCAGUUGAAACUUGUUCACAAUGUCCGAUCCACCAUUUUCUACAAGUGUUCCUGGUGCUGGGGUGUCAACUGAAGCUGCUAAUAUGUUACAGAACUUUUGGCCGAAGGUUUCCAGUGAUAUUAGUAAUAUCAAGAAUGAUCAUUUUAGACAACAAGAGCUACCAUUAGCUAGAAUAAAGAAGAUUAUGAAACUUGAUGAAGAUGUGAAGAUGAUUAGUGCAGAAGCACCUGUAUUAUUCUCAAAAGCAUGUGAGAUUUUUAUCAGUGAAUUGUCACUAAGAGCUUGGAUCCACACAGAGGAUAACAAACGAAGAACUUUACAAAGAAAUGACAUAGCCAUGGCAAUCACAAAAUUUGACCAGUUCGAUUUCCUCAUUGAUAUUGUUCCAAGAGAAGACAUAAAACCAGCAAAAAGACAGGAUGAAGUUCGAACCUCCGUGGUACCUGAUCAGAUCCAGUACUAUCUACAACUGGCACAACAACAGCAGCAGCAGCAGCAACAACAACAACAGGCCACCGCUCAGGCAGUUACCCAGGUACAAACCACGGCACAGAUACCGCAAGCAACACAAGCUGUCGGAGGGAUACAAAUUCCAGGUGCUCAGAUACUUCAGCAGCCAUUCCAGGUGGCCCAACAGGCUCAGGCUGCUGCACCUACUGCACAGUCUCAGGUUAUCACGAUUCAGCCUCCACAACAACAAGCACAACAACAAGCACAAGUCACUCAACAAAGUCAGGUUCAACAGAUACAACAGCCACAAACACAAGUGUUCCAACAGGUUAUCACACCCUCUGGUCAAGUAGAAAACGUACCAAUUCAGCUCACACCACAACAGUUACAAGCCAUACAAAUGCAGUUACAAGGUAAAACCAGUAACCAGCCAAUAAUAAUACAGACAUCUGCUGCCCAGCCUCAACAGCCAACACAGACAGUGGUGUCACAGUCGGAUCAAGUACAGUUUGCUAAUCAGGGAGUGUUUCAAGUCCAACAGUUACAAGGCUCAGGACAACAAGUUUUUAUACAACAAGAUACAGACCAGACGGAAACUUGAUCUUAACACGCCAUUUUUUAUAGACUUUUAUUGUAUAUAUUAUAUACUGUUACCUCAGUAAAGCAGUCAUCAAAUCAUCGUAAUAUUAUGUGGACUAUGUUCACAUGAUAGACUCUUAAACAUUGUACAACAUGUACAUAGACAAAACCAUUUGUAAAUAAUGUGGUUCUCAUCUUGAUUGUCAAGAUCCUUUUUUUAUGUGAGUUGUUUGAAUGGAUAAUUUAUAUGAUGUGAAAUUAUCAAAGAAAAAUUGUGUCCAAGACAAA